AUGCUGCAGCCACGUGAUGGUGCUGUUCCACAGCUGAACCUUCCAGCAGGUGGACCGCAGCAGCACCAGCUGGCAGCUCCUAGUGCAGUUCCCCCGCAGAACCUUCCGCCAAGUGGACCGCAGCAGCAGGUGGCAGCUCCCAGCAGUGCAGUUCCCCCGCAGAACCUUCCGCCAAGUGGACCGCAGCAGCAGGUGGCAGCUCCGCCUAGUGCAGUUCAGCAGAACCUUGCGCCGAGUGGACCGCAGCAGCAGGUGACAGCUCCUAGUGCAGUUCAGCAGAACCUUGCGCCGAGUGGACAGCAGCAGCAGGUGACAGCUCCGUGUGCAGUUCCGCCGCAGAACCUUCCGGCAAGUGGAGCGCAGCAGCAGCAGGUGGCAGUGGCAGCUCCUGGUGCAGUUCCGCCGCAGAACCUUCCGGCAAGUGGACCGCAGCAGCAGGUGACAACUCCUAGUGCAGUUCCGCAGAACCUUCUGGCGAGUGGCCCCCCGCAGCAGGUGGCAGCUCCUAGUGCAGUUCCGCCGCAGAACCUUCCGGCAAGUGGAGAGCAGCAGCAGCAGGUGGCAGCUCUUAGUGCAGUUCCGCAGCAGAACCUUCCGGCAAGUGGCCCCCCGCAGCAGGUGGCAGCUCCCAGUAGUGCAGUUCCGCCGCAGAACUUUCAGGCAAGUGGACCGCAACAGCAGGUGGCAGCUCCGCCCAGUCCAGCUCAGCAGAACCUUCCUCCAGCAAGUGGACCGCAGCACGUGGCUCCGGGUGCAGUUCCGCAGAACCUUCCAGGUGGACCGCAGCAGGUAGCAACUCCUUGUGCAGCUCCGCAGCAGAACCUUCCACCAGCAGCAGGUGGAAUGCAGCAGAUGGCGGCUCCUUGUGCAGCUCCCCAGCAGAACCUUCCGCCAGCAGCAGGUGGACCGCAGCAGGCGGCAGCUCCGUGCGCAGUUCCCCAGCAGAACCUUCCGCCACAGCAGGUGACAGCUCCAAGUGCAGUUCCGCAGCAGAACCUUCCGGCAAGUGGACCGCAGCAGGUGGCAGCUCCUUGUGCAGUUCCGCAGCAGAACCUUCUCCUGGCAAGUGUACCACAGCAGCAGGUGAUGACAGCUCCAGGUGCACAGACGGCAGCUCCAAGUGCAGUUCCCCCGCAGCAGAACCUUCCGGCAAGUGGCCCCCCUCAGCAGCAGGUGCCAGCUCCAAGUGCAGUGCCCCCGCAGAACCUUCCGGCAAGUGGCCCCCCGCAGCAGGUGGCAGCUCCUAGUGCAGAUCCGCCGCAGAACUUUCCGGCAAGUGGACCGCAGCAGCAGGUGGCAGCUCCGCCUAGUGCAGUUCAGCAGAACCUUCCGCCAGCAAGUGGACCGCAAGAGGUGACAGCUCCGUGUGCAGUUCCGCAGAACCUUCCGCCAGCAAGGACGCUCCUGCAGCAGCCUGGAACUCCCUCCAUUUUGGAGAUGGUGCAAGAGCUUGAAACGCAGAUGGAUCAGGAGGAGCCAAUCAGUGUGAAUGACACGCCCGAACCCCCGCCCCGGCUGAAUCGCAGCGCUGUGUCAACACUGGCUUCGGCUGCUUCCUUUGAUGACACAUCAAAGGGCUUGGUUGCACCGGACACGUCAGCAGCACUGCUGGUGAAGGCACCGUCGCCGUCGCCGACUCCCGUGACGGCGAAAGCGAAAAGUGCGGCAAGGACGAAGCCGAAGGCUGCUGCUGUGAAGGAUGAGUAUGCGCUGCCGGAGCUGACCUUGCAGGAGAAGGCGAUGUAUGGCAACUUCUGGUCGCGGUACCGCUCGAGCAGCUCGCUGUCGUUGACCAGUGAUGCGGAUUCCGUCGACUCCGACAUCAGCCAACCUGUGCCGAAGGGGCCGCCGGCAGUACCCCAGCCGAUGCCGUUGCCGACUGUGCCGCUUCAGCAGCAGACGACAGCAGCUGCAGCAAAGCCGACGAGUGAUGCCAUGACGACGAUGCUGGCGACGGUUCUCAGCACGGCGGUGAGCCAUGGUGUUGAUGCAGCGGGGCUUGCGGCCAUUCAGCAGACCAUGGCCAGCAUUGUGGCUGCUGCAAAAGCCCCUGAUGCUGGAGUCGAGGCCGUUGACAAGACGAAGAUCAUCGACUCGCAGCCGGCUUUGCCGCCAAGCCCUUUUUCGACGCCUUUGCCGGCCAGCACAGCAGCAAGCCCUUCGACGCCUUUGCCGCCGGCAAGCACAGCAAGCCCUUCGACGCCUUUGCCGCCGCCGAGCACUGCGAGCCCUUCGACGCCUUUGCCGCCACAGACCGCUGUGACGAAAGCCCCGCCGACAGGACCUGCUCCUUCGACGCCUUUGCCACCGCAGACCGCUGUGACGAAAGCCCCGCCGACGGGACCUGUGGUCAACUCAAGCACCCACAGGACUGAGUACCGCUCGUUCCAACGCUUUUGCGAGAACUCACCGGGAGCAGUGGAGUUGAAGAAGGUGUGGGUGCAGGGCGGACCGCGCUUGGCAAUGUUCCAGAAGUUUGUUCUGACAGGCUGUGGUAACCCUGCGGCUUUGGAAUGUGCCCUCCAGUUCCGCCGGCAGAGCGAGGAGGAGCGCAAAGACGAAGGUGAAUAUUAUUGCUGGCGUGAUAUACUCGCCUUUCACGAGGGCAACGAACAGAAGGCCUUAUCCUUCAUUGCAAGACGCAGAGCAGAGCCCAAAGGGACCAGUUGCGAUCGGAAUGAUCCUGAUAUGGAGACAUUUCUAUAUUACGGCCGCCAGCGACGGACCCUGACGGUUCGUACGAUCGACGAAAUCGCAAUCAGCAUGGGCGUCUGCCCGAACUUCGCCACGUCCGUGGCGGCACAGCUGGACUCCAUGAACGGCGCCCUGCCAGUUGCUGAUGGGGCUACUUCUUCGGUGAACCCGCCAGUGCCGGCCCCCGGCAAGGCGGCUCCAAAGGGAAAAGGCAGUGCGCCUGCGCCACCCGGCACGACGACGGAAGACCCCCAGCCGCCGCCCAAGAAGGCGAAAGUUCCGAAGCCGGAGGGAUCCGACAUGGAGUUGAUCUGCAGUGGAGAGAACGUUGGACUUUUCGUGAAGUCGUGGGUGGCCGCGGCGAACACGGCCCAGGGGCAAGCCGUGAAAACGUGUGCAGAGUUGGAGGUCCUCGAGAGCCAGGAGGCUUUGAUGGGGAAGAUUAAGGACUGUGCCGAAGGCAUCGGGGCUUGUCGCAAGAAGCUCAAGCUCAUGGGGACAGAGCCAGUGGCCGCCGAUGUGCAAUCGGCCCUGCUGGAGGCUACCGUGUUUGUGGAGGGUUUCAAGAAGCAUCUUCGAGUGGCGAAUGAACACUCGGUUUUCACGUGGGCCGGGGAGCCAGCUCCGGACUUCUUCAAGAAGUGGCGUCUGCGGCCGUCGCAGAAGCAGGGGAUGCAAAUGUACCAGGUGGGCUGCGAGUUUGGGCGCAUCAGGGCGGGCACUGUCGACUGGCUGGACUGGUGGCAGAAGGCCAAGAGCGAGCCAUGGGGGAAUCAUCCGGUGCAGUCCUGGCCGGAGGAGGCCAGGCAAAAAGCGGUGGCCGUGUCGAUUCACGGCGAUGAGGGUACUGGGAAGAGGAGCAAAAGCAUCUUGAUCCUGUCGCUUUCGCCCUUGGCCAUCCACCGGGGCGACUCGAUGCUGCAGAAGUUCCCGUUCUGUGUUGUGCGAUCAGACAGAUUUGUCUACGACAACGGCCAGAAUAUCACGCUUCAGGCGCUACAGCGCUACUACGCCGAUUCCUUUCGGAUUUGUGGCGACCCCGCCAGCGAAGGCCAACACGGAUGGACCAUGCACCCUGUCAUAUCGAAGGGAGAUUGGAAGCACAAAAGGGAAUGGUUGGAACAAUGUAGAAGCUACGGGAACCUUGCUAGCAAUGCUCCUCGUGAGCAGAACGCCGGCAGAAUCUGCCCGAGAUGCUUGUGCGAUGGCAGCACACCUGGAAAGCAUUGGGCUGACAUGCGUGAGGGCUUCGAUAACCAGGCAGACUUGGAUGAAGCUUCGAAUGAUAGUAGCUAG